AUGUCGCUCGCACCGUCUACUAGUUACAUGACAUCGACGGCCACACACGCAUAUACAUCAGGAAGCACUGUGGUCACCAAAACCUUCGACCUUGUGCCGCAAAUCACACCAUGGAAAGCUCCAGAGUCAUGUAGCGCCUCGAUAUUCUGCAGCAUGAAGGGGAGUGAGGUCGGGCCUCGAAAGAAAUGCUGGGAUUACGACAUAAUAAACUCAUCGGCACGCCAAUAUAUAGAUGAGGCAUGCCACCCUCCAGGCUACAAGGAUAUAUUUUACCAAGGGACCGCAUACGAAGACUUGACUUCACUCGCAUUCCCCGGAACCGCAUGCCCGCAAGGCUGGCACAAAGCGUGCACUUCGACCCUGGCCAUUGGACUUGCAACCCAAACGCAAGAGAUGUGCUGUCCAGACGGAUAUGACGGCUGUACCAUGGACGGCGGGGCCCGCAACUGCUACCGGAGACUCAAGACCGCCACAGCAAUGUGGGUGAUCAAGGAAGAGACGGGCAGCACGACGGUCCGCGAGGUAGUGACGAACUCACCAAUAACCGGCGGCGAAGGCGAGGCAAUAACAAUAUAUCGUGCCGCCUUUCCCCUGGCCAGCGGAGCUGCAAUAACAGGGACGGCUGUCAGCAGUGUGACCACGGCAGGAGACAGUGCAGCUCAGACAGGGAUGCCGGGUCCGGACGGUCAGGAAGAAGGUCGCCUGGGAGGCUCGCAGCCGCAAAGUCAAGGUUCCCUCAGCCCAGGUGCCAUAGCCGGCAUAGCGUUGGGCGCCGGCGUCGGCCUCGCUUUGCUCUUUGCCGCCGGGCUCUUCGUAUUUAUGCGCCGACGCAGGACUGCCCGGAAACGAGCUCGCGCGGCGCGCAGGUCCGCCAUGCAGGAGACGGCCCUGAUGACGACGCGCAGCGACGGCGGCGAGCCCAGCCCUGAACUUGGGAAAUCCAUGGACCCCUAUGCCUCGGCACCACCCUCAGCCGGACUCAAGUCCGCAUUCCCAAGUUCGAACUCAACCUUACUCCCCACAUUUUCGAGUCCCUACGACCCGAAAUCUGCGCUCUGGGAAUCGCCAGCCUCGGUCGGCAUAUACCCAUCGACAGAGACCCUGCGGACGCCAUCCCCGGGGAUAAUGCUGGGGGCUGACGGCAUGUACUACUACAUACCGCCCCCGGACCUACCGCCCGUCAACGAGGGCGCCGCCGAGCUCGACUCUAAUCCUCCGCUGAUGUCGCCACCGGCACGCAUGACGCCGGUCGAGAUGGACGCCGGCGCCGAGCCGUCGUGGAUACCCACCCCAACGGGGGCCUACUACGGACUGCAAAGCUCGGACGAGCCGCAGAUGCGGCAGCAACGGCAACAGCGUGUCUUUGACGUUGUCAAACCAACGCAAGAUCGAUGA